AAGAAUGAAGCCGGGGUACAAAUCUAUUUCACCAAAUAAACAAUUUUUAAUUGCAAUAAUAUUAUUUGCUAUAUUAUUAUAUUUAGUUCUAUCUUUUAUAUGAUACCUACCUGAUAACUUUUUAGAUCAAUUUGUGAAAAAUUGGUGUGGGGUGAGCAACUGCAUUAAGAUGUAUUAAAAGAGUCAUUGUUGCGUUAGAAAUGUUCGCACCAGUUUUCAUCACUUGGCCAAAUGAAGAAAAAGUUGAAAAAAUUAAAAAUGGAUUUUUUUCUUACAGUACUUUUCCAAAUGUUUUUGGUGCGAUUGAUGGGACACAUAUUAACAUUCUUGCACCACAUGACCAUCAAGAAGCUUAUGUUAAUAGAAAAGGUCACCAUUCAAUUCAAUUACAAGUAUGUUAAUGUUUUAAUUUUUAAAUUUUAUUCGAUUUUGAUGAACUGUUUUUUUCAACAGGCUGUGUGCG